UCACCAGAUACAAACUAUCUGUUCAUGGGUGACUAUGUAGACAGAGGUUAUUAUUCUGUGGAAACGGUAACUCUUCUUGUGGCAUUAAAGGUGCGUUAUCCAGAGCGCAUUACAAUACUGAGAGGAAACCACGAAAGCCGACAAAUUACCCAAGUUUAUGGCUUUUAUGACGAAUGUCUGCGAAAGUAUGGAAAUGCCAAUGUUUGGAAAUAUUUUACAGAUCUCUUUGAUUAUCUGCCACUUACAGCUUUAGUAGAUGGACAGAUAUUCUGCCUCCAUGGUGGCCUCUCUCCAUCCAUAGAUACACUGGAUCAUAUAAGAGCCCUGGAUCGUUUACAAGAAGUUCCACAUGAGGGCCCGAUGUGUGAUCUGUUAUGGUCAGAUCCAGAUGAUCGUGGUGGGUGGGGUAUUUCACCACGUGGUGCUGGCUACACAUUUGGACAAGAUAUUUCUGAAACGUUUAACCAUGCUAAUGGUCUCACACUGGUUUCUCGCGCUCACCAACUUGUAAUGGAGGGAUACAAUUGGUGUCACGAUCGGAACGUGGUUACCAUUUUCAGUGCACCCAAUUACUGUUAUCGUUGUGGGAACCAGGCUGCUAUCAUGGAAUUAGAUGACACUUUGAAAUAUUCCUUCCUUCAGUUUGACCCAGCACCUCGUCGUGGAGAGCCUCAUGUGACCCGGCGCACCCCAGACUACUUUGAAUGGAUGUCUCCAUGA